AUGCCGCAGGAAAGAAGAACCACUCAAAGCCCAAGUCAGGAGAGCGAGUCAGAGCGGGGCUCCUCCACGAUGGAAGUGAGGCUUCUUCUCUUAGGGAAGCGUGGCGCAGGGAAAAGUGCCACAGGAAACAGCAUUCUGGGCAAAGCCGUGUUCGAGUCCAGGUGCAGUGAGCAGCCAUUGACUAAAAGGUGCCAGAGAGAGAAUGGGGUCACGCAGGGGAGGGAGGUUGUGGUCAUCGACACCCCCGACCUUUUCUCCUCAAUAGAUGACAUCGCUUGUGUGGAUAACAAACGAUGCAAUAUUAAGCACUGCUUGGAGCUCUCGGCUCCCAGCCUCCAUGCCCUGCUUCUGGUACUUCCCAUUGGCAACUGUACGGUGGAGGAUGGACAAACAGCUGAGCACAUCCAGAAGGUGUUUGAAGCGAAAGCCAGGAGGCACACCAUUAUCGUCUUCACUUGUAAGGACAAUUUGAAGGAUGGGUCGCUGGAGGAGUACGUUAAAAGCAACUCACCUGUUCAGGACUUGGUUCAGUGCUUUGGUGGUCGAUACUGUGCUUUCAACAACAAGGCAACUAAGGAUGAGCAGGACGCCCAGGUGAAGGCGCUCCUCUGCAAGGUCGAGGAUUUGGUGGAAAACGAAGGACCAUUUGUGGUGAACUUAAGGGAUGAAGACAGUAGAUUCCAGGGUUCUGCGAAUGAAGAGACAUCUCAGAGGAAGGACCAUCCACGUGAGCCCCUGCGCAUUAUCCUCAUGGGGAAGAGCGGGACUGGGAAGAGUGCCAGUGGGAACACCAUCCUCAGGAAGACAGAGUUCCACUCUCAGCUAAAAGCACAGCCGGUCACCACAAGCUGCCAGAAAGCAUCCCGGGAAUGGAAGGGGAGAGAGCUUCUCGUUGUUGACACCCCAGGGCUCUUUGACACCAAGGAGACCCAGGACAAAACCUGCAAGGAAAUCAGCCGAUGUGUCCUCGCCUCCUGUCCUGGGCCUCACGCCAUCAUCUUGGUCCUGAAGCUGGGCCGCUGCACAGAGGAAGAGCAGAAAACCGUGGCGUUGGUCAAGACUCUGUUUGGGAAAGCAGCCAUGAACUAUAUGAUCAUCUUAUUCACUGGCAAAGAGGAUCUGGAGGACCAGAGCCUAAGCAAUUUUCUGGACAGUUCGGAUGGAAACCUACGAAGCCUCCUACAGGAGUGUGGAGACCGCUGCUGUGCUUUCAGUAACAGCAAAAAGACAGAGCAGGCUGAGAAGGAAGCUCAGGUGCAGGAGCUGGUGGAGCUGAUAGACAAGAUGGUGCAGAACAACCGAGGAGCUUACUUUUUUGACCCCAUUUACAAGGACAUAGACCAAAAGCUGAGACAGAAAGAGGAAGACUUGAUGAAAAGCUAUACUGAUACAUUUAACAUGCAAAUUGAACAAAGGCUGAGGUUCAUCCUGGUGGGAAAAUCCGGGAGCGGGAAAAGCGCCACGGGAAACAGCAUCCUCGGGAGGAGAGUGUUCGAGUCCAAGCUCAGCGCUCGCCCGGUGACCCAGGCCUUCCAGCAGGGGCGCCUCGCGUGGGCAGGGAGGGAGCUGAAGGUCGUAGACACCCUGGACAUCCUGUCCCGCUGGGCGGCGCCGCGGGGGACCCCUCAGGGCGUUGGCGAGGCCAGCGCCCGCUCCCUGCCGGAGCCGCACGCCGUGCUCCUGGUGACACAGCUCGGCCGGUUCACCGAGGAGGACCAGCAGGUGCCCAGGCGCCUCGAGGAGGUGUUGCCCCGCACCGUCCUGGUGUUCACGCGGAACGAAGACCUGGACGGCGGCUUGCUGGGGACAUUCCUGCGGGAGACCGACAACCGAGUGCUGGCCGAGCUGGACGCAGUCUGCGCGCAGCGACACUGUGGCUUCAACAACAAGGGGGACGGAGCCGAGCUGGAGGCCCAGCUGAGGGAGCUCAUGGGGCACAUCGAAGGGGUCCUGUGGGAGCACGAGGGCCGCGCCUACAGCCUCCCGGCUGCCCCUCACCCCCGCGCCGCGCCCCGUGAGAGCUGGGGCCUCUGGCCGCCCGUUUCCGAGGAGGGGCGCGGGGACCAGGCCUGGCUGCGGGGCCUGCGCCGCAUCCUGAAGGAGCCCGAGCAAGCUGGAGGCCAGCUCCCGCCGAGCGCGCCCAUCUGA